AUGGAUCAUCCGCCUUCUCGCCGUCUCGUCUGGUCUUGCUUCACGUUGAUGUUGCGUUCGAACUCCCUGGCGACUGAAACGCCGACGGAAAAACGGGGCCAUGAUGAAAGGCAGCCAUGCUACUGUGACUUCGGCUACUGCUGUUUCCAGCUACUUGAGAGGUACCUUACGUUGUCCCUACUUUAUAGGGAUAACUCCCCCGCAAGGGACCAGGCCACUAGUAUUAGGGGCGGGAAGGGAAGGGAAAAAAAAGCACUGGGCACCCCAAAACUAGCUAUUUCAGCGGACCAAGGGAUGUACUCUAAUAGUACCAAGGACCCCCAAAGCUCGGUGUACAUUCCUGUUACCGGUCAUGCCGACGGUGUGGUGGUACAAAAUUCCCAGGCCCAAAUUAGCGGCCGAGAGGAAGUCACGCCCGCCGCAGGCUGCUUUGCGGUUAAUACGUGCAUGCGGGCUGUACUGCUGGCGUAUACGUGCUUGCAUGCUACCAAAGAAAGAUGGGCAAGGCGCUUCGCGAGUUCGCGAUACCCACUAGCUAUUCGCUCUAUAGUAUGUAUAUGUGCAUACCCGAACGGGGAGUCUCCCCAUUCCCUUCUGCAUCCCGUCCAUGUGGAAAGCAGAGGUCGUGAUGGUUUUCUCUGUCAGCUGUACGACGCUGGAGUGAAGCAAGUUGGCAGAAUGGUUCAAUAG